AUGGGCACUACCACAUUCAUUUCUGUUUUCUGCCAGGGAUCGGAAACAUAAAAGGCGAGGCAGUGUGUUUUUUAAAAAUUUGGAUGCUGCUACCACUCCUGGGACAAGCUUUACUGGAAAGUGGAGGGAGCACACACAGUGCUGCAGACUGGAGUGAGCAAGUGAGCCCAGCUUCUCUCUACUCCAAGGAGUAGCUUUACUUUUAGGUCCUGUUUGGAGCAGUCAGAGAUAGAAGAUGGCAGAAGUUGGAAGCACCAUUAUAAACACCAAUGUGAAACAGAAAGACCCAAAUGAGGCACUGGUCAUCGCUGUGACCACCAGGGCCAUCUUCAACCUGGAGGAGGAGCAUAAGCUAUUCCUGACAAAGGGCAAGGAAGAGUAUGUGAAGCACCAGCAAGCAAAUGAAGAUAAGCCCCUGGAGCAAGGUACAGCCUUCGCUUUCAUUCAGGCCGUGCAGUUUGUGAAUCAGAAACUCCUGGAGAGAAACCCAGAGGAGAAGGCCCUCUUUGAUGUCAUCGUCCUGUCCAACAACAGCCCCGAGAGUGGCAUGCGCGUCGUCAAUAGUGCUAAGCAACAUGGUUUGGAGAUCUCCAAGUUUUGCUUCGUCAGUGAUGAAGAUUCCACCCAGUACUUGAAAUCCCACAAUGUCAAGCUCUUCCUCUCGGCCGACAGGACGGAUGUGUGCAAUGCACUCCAGCGAGGUGUUCCAGCCGCACUCAUCUUCCAGCAGGACGUGCAGGCUCUCACCACCCAACUGCGAGUGGUGUUUGACGGGGAUGCUGUGCUCUUCUCGGAUGAGACCGACCGGGUUUUUCGUGAGAGGGGGCUGAGUGGGGCUGUGGAAUAUGAGAGAGCGAUGGAAGCCGUGCCCAUGGGAGAGGGUCCACUGAAGGCAUUUGCCAUGCUCCUUGGGAAGAUGCGCAAGAAGUUCAGCCAGGAGAAUUCCCCUGUUCGCACCUACUUGGUGACAGCCCGCAGUGGUCGUGAUAUGGGCAUCCGUGCUAUCAAGACCCUUCGGGAAUGGGGGCUGGCGAUUGAUGAGGCCUUCUUCAUGGAUGGAGCUCCCAAAGGUCCCCUUCUCUCCCAGAUCCAGCCCCACAUCUUCUUUGACGAUGGCCCUCAUAAUAUCCAGGGGGCUCAGGAUGUUGGUAUACCCUCUGCCUUGGUCCCCUGUGACUGCUGAUGAGCAGGGAUGGAAAGGUCACCUCAAGGAUCAGGCCUCCCAAAAUGCAGUUGGAUAAAACCAGGACACAGUUUCUGGCAGAAGGGAUAAGGGCUGACGUCUAAACCCAUGCUAAGCAAAUUCUGUAGAGAGAGUGAGAUGCUGUGUGCUGAUGUGGUGCUUUUUAGGUCCCUCUCUUUGUUUCAAACACCUGUUCCAUCAGAUCUCAGGGAUGUGGCAACAGAAGGCCAAACCUGCACAUGAAAGAAAGAUGCUUAAAAUGUAACCAUUAACGCCCACCUCUUGAUUGCCUUAGCUGUCUCUCCAGGGAUGGCAACCCUUCCACUUGCUAGGCGUAAUGUGUGCCACACUCAUGUAGUACGAGCACUGAAACCAUAGCUCUAGGGGUGAGACCAUGUGAGUGGAAGGGAGUAUGUAACUGUCAUAAGAGGCAGACAAUGUAAGCUCAAGCUGCACUCAGGCAGGUGUGUUGGUGUUUGGAGCUUUGCGCCUGUACUUCUAUUCAAAUUCCAAUAUGCCCUUUACAUGCUGCAUUUUUGGGGGAUUGUGCUUUUUCAAUAAACUAUUUUUUUUCAG